AUGCCUAGUGUUUCAAAAUUUAGCAUCAAAAACCAAACAAAAUCUAUUAGUUUGCCUUGUAGAUCACAUCCGACGACGUAUGAAAUCGAAGAAUUGCUUAACAAGAUCAAGACGGAAGCAACGUCUCCAACGAUGUAUAGUGGUUUGUCGCAUCUUACAAGAUUGUAUAAAUGCAUGAACAAUCUUUUAACUUCAUCAACCACCCAAGUUUUGAUGUCUCAUGAACAGAAAAAGAAAUGGGUCGAUGAGUUAGUAGACGAAUCGGUCAAGUUCUUGGAUAUAUGUAGGAGUAUAAGUGAUAUGAUAUUAGAAUUUAAAGAUCAUAGUAGAGAUCUUUAUUCUUGUUUAAGGAGGAAAAAGGGAGAUAUGAUUAGUGUUAGCAUUAUGAAAUAUAAUUGCUUUAGAAAAAAAAUGAAAAAAGAUGUUAGAGGUUUGAUAUCGAGUUUGAAGCAAGUAGAUAACAUGAUCACUAGUGGUGAUGGUGGUUUGGUCGUGAUUGAUUCGGAUAAUCACCAACUUGCAGCCAUGAUCAGGGCGGUUAUAGGAGUCGGUGAAGUGACUAUUUUGGUUCUUGAGUCUUUGUUGAUGUUCUUCUGCGUGCCGGUUUCAAAGCCAAAUAAAUGGUCACUUGUGGUGUCAAAGUUGACACACAAAGGGAUGGUGACAUAUGAAGAUCAGCACGAACAUCGGAUGCUUGUGAAUGAAUGUGAACAAUUUGAUGAUGCAUUGAGAAUAUUAUGUAAAAACGGAUCGACGUGUGAAGUUGGGAAUGUAGAGAUUGCGCAAUGUAGACUGGAGAGACUUGAGGCUGAGAUCGAAACCAUGGAGAGUGGGUUGGAGUCCUUGUUUAGACACUUGGUUCAAACACGAGUUUCUCUUCUUAAUAUCAUCUCCCAGUAA